UCUUCUGGUUGGACGUGUCCAAUUCCUGCAGCUCACUCGGUACAGUGUGUUUUGAUGUGUGUGUUAUGUGUGUGUGUUUAGUACGCUUGUUUCAGUUCAUUUGGCGCUAAGCACGCGAUCAGAGGAACUUGAGUGAUAGUAUGAAUGAGGAGUAUCCGAUCCGACUCUGAUGCUGGGAAGAAAACUGCUGUCUUAAAUCAUUAAAAUGCGCUUUAAUGAGACGAAACUGCUGUCGAAGAACUGAAGAUGCGUUUCAACGAGAAAGAGCUGGUGUUCCUGAGCCGCCAGCCGUCAGAGAGAGCGGCCGAGCUGGGCAUGAGAGGCCCGAAGAAAGGAGACGUUGUGAAGAGGCGUGUAGUGAAGCUGAUCGUUAAUUUCCUGUUUUACUUUCGGAUCGAUGAGGAUGAGCCCAUCGGUGCACUUCUGCUGGAACAGUGUCGCGUGGAGAGAGAAGACGAUCAGGUUUUCUCCAUCGUGUUUCUGGACGAAGCCGAGAGGAAGUAUCUGUUCGAAUGUGAUUCUCAGGAGCAGUGUGUGGAGUGGAUCGAUGCCAUCGUUAAAGCCAGUUAUGAAUCCAUGCGUAAGAACCUGAUCUAUUAUCGCACUGAGAUCCAUCGGCUGACCGGCAAGGACCCGCUGGAGCAGUAUGGGAUAUCAGACGAAACACGUUUUCAGGUCAACAGUGGUCUUCCUCCAGCGGACACAUAAAAUGUUUGGGGUUUUUGCUUGUGUUUUUCUUCUUUUACAGUCUGCCUGCAUCCAUCACUGUACGUUCUGACGUC